GUAGAGACGUGCAGAGCGGAUUUGUGCCAAAACGGUGGUGAGUGCAUCGACGCAGUGGAAGGUGUGCGAUGUCGCUGUCCUCCCGGUUUUGGGGGUAUCCGGUGUGAGCGGGUCCUUCGUACAUGCCUUGAGACGCCCUGUCUCAAUGGUGCCGAUUGCAUAGACAUCCACUCCUCGUCAGAACGCCUCUUUACCUGCCAGUGUACCCCCGGUUUCCAGGGUUAG